ACUUCAGAGAUACCUUUUCACAUCUUUGUUUACGUUGAAGAAGUUUGAUAUAAUGGUAGAAAUUCCAGAGAUUCUUGGCGAAAGAGGUGAAGAGGAAGUAAAUCCGCUGGGGGUAAUUGUUCCUGAAUAUUGUUUUCUCAAUUCACAUGAAAAUAAUGGGAAUAAUUUUACUUUCACGAUUUACAGUAGCACUCCAAAUUUAUUAAAUUCAUCGUGAUUUGCCGUCGGUGUGUAAUUUUAGUUAUACGAAGGUGAAAGGAAUGAAAAAGGCGACAGACACGGUCGUGGAAAAGCUUUACUUCCAAACGGCGACAUGUACGUCGGACAGUAUUGCAAAGGAUUGAGACACGGCCGAGGACUUUACGUACUUAAAAACGGUGCUCGUUACGAUGGCGAAUGGAGACAAGGCGUGAAAUACGGCCAAGGAACUUUUUGGUACCCUGAUGGAACGCGAUACGAGGGCGAGUGGAAACGUGAUAUGAAGUACGGCUUUGGCGUAUAUUAUUACGCAAACAACGACGUUUACGAAGGCUCCUGGAAAAAGAAUCUCCGACACGGAAUGGGAUCUUAUCUUUACGCCGAUACGAACACGAAAUUCAUGGGCACGUGGAUUAAGGAUCGAAUCCAAGGACCUGGACAGCUGAUCCAUCCUCGACAUCGUUUCCACGGAUUUUGGGAAUUGAAUCUGCCUUAUGGACGCGGGUGUUUCACUUUUGAGAGCGCUUGCAUGCAACAUGGACACUACGUGCACGUGAAAGAUCCUGAUUACGAGGAGACAAAGGAAGAAUAUGUCGAGGUGAGAGUCAGUCUUAAAAGCACACACUUAUCUCUCUUUGUUUUCUUCUCUUUUCUAUUUUCUCUCAAAAACGAGUCAACCGUGGUUUCAACGCAGAAAAUUGAACCUGCCGCGUUGGAGGCUGACGAAGAGGGUGAAAAAUUGGAAAAUGCCGAAGGCGCAAAAUUGGUGGAAGCUAAACCUGUGCCAUUUGAGCCACCUCCUUUGAAGAAAGGUAUUAUCGCGUUGUGGAGAGCACGUUGCAUCACGCCCUACAAUCCUGAUUUAUUACCGCCCGAACCGGUACCGCUACAGGAAGAGGUGUCCGUGGAUUCUCUGGUAGAUAAAUGUUCGGAAGAUUUAGCAACGGCACCGGAACAAUACUUAAAGUAUGAAGACGAAUACGAAGUUGAAAUUGGAGAUUAUUACAACGACGCUGACUACAGACCAUCCGUUGAAACAAUUUAAUUGGACAAAUCAAUGUUAAAUUUAAAAUAAGACGUAAGGCUGAUCUUCUCUUCAAUUGUAAAACCUUUUCUCUGCUCUGGUGCAUUAAAAUAUUUCCAAGCAGUGAAAAAUAAAAAUAAUUAUAAUACAAAAUGAACUUGUACCUUUGUUUUUAAGCACUUUAUUUAGGAAAUUAUAAUAACAAAUGUGCGUAUGUGCCCAUAUUAGACAAUGUAAAGAACUUAUUUUAUAGGCACGCGUAGGUCUUGUCCGAAAGUUGCAUUCGUCAAAGUGUUUGAAGUAUGUCUAAUGUAUGUAUAUAACGUGUAUUACAUUGAAUAUAUCAGCAACAAGUAGAACGCGAAUACGUAUUCAUAAUAUUAUUUAAUUAAUAGCUAAGCGUACGCUCAAGAUAAUUGUAGUCUAUUCAAUUUUACUCCAAAGAUCAAUUUUAUGUAGUUUAUGUAGAUACGCAAAAGAUUUUGUGUAUUUUCUAUAUAUAUAUAUAUAUAUAUAUAUAUAUAUUUAAUAUAUAUAUAUAUAUAUAUAUAUAUAUAUAUAUA